UAUGUUAGAAACAUGGCUUUGGCAUCUUUCUUGGCAAGUAUGCCAAUGACUAAGCAGUUGAGUGUUGCAAUUAUUGAUAGUAGUCCUGCUCUCAGUGGUAGCUUGAGCAUUAAGAAGGAAGAUCCCCCUGAUCCAAGAGUCAGUACAGUAACUCCAGCAACUAUAUCUUUUAUGAAAGAUGCUGGUGCUUGGAAAUAUGUUGAGCAAAAUAGACAUGCAUAUUUUGACAAAAUGCAGGUCUGGGAUUAUACUGGGCUGGGGUAUGCUAGAUACAAUGCGAGAGAUGUAAAUAAAGACUUUCUUGGGUGUGUAGCAGAGAAUAAAGUUCUCCAUAGUGCCUUAUUGUCAUGCAUACAGGAUUCUGAUUUCAAGAGAACAAUAUAUCCAUUGAGGUUAAAUUCAAUGACUUUGAACCGAAGCAGCAUGUCUGUAGUGAGGGAGAAUAUGAGCAGCAGAGAAUCAUCAUCUGCUCAAGGUCAAUGUGCAAGGCUGCAACUUAGUGAUGGCAAUAGCAUAUAUGCAAAGUUGGUGGUUGGGGCCGACGGAGGAAAAUCACGUGUUAGAGAAUUGGCAGGAUUCAAAACAACUGGAUGGAACUAUUCUCAGAAUGCAAUCAUCUGCACAGUAGAGCAUCCUUCUGAAAAUCGAUGUGCAUGGCAGCGGUUUCUACCUACAGGACCAAUUGCACUUUUACCCAUCGGUGAUAAGUUCAGCAAUAUUGUUUGGACCAUGAGCCCAACAGAAUCAAACCAGCGCAAAUCAAUUACUGAGGAAGAAUUUUUGAAGGAUGUGAAUUCCGCUUUAGAUUAUGGAUAUGGUCCUCAUCCUACUUCAAGCUUAUCUGGAACCCGAGAUGUGUUCUCUUGGUUUCAAAUGGAUACAACAGUAUCAGCCAAUGAAUCCUUUGAAGUUCCACCAAAAAUAACCAAGUUAGCCUCUGAUAGGAUGGUGUUUCCUUUGUCUUUACGCCAUGCCAACUCCUAUGCUUCGAAACGUGUUGUUCUUAUUGGAGAUGCAGCCCACACUGUCCAUCCUCUUGCUGGUCAAGGAGUCAAUUUGGGUUUCGGAGAUGCAUAUUCUCUUUCAAGAAUUAUUGCAGAGGGCAUUGCUUUAGGCACUGACAUCGGAGAGGUGAAUUUGCUAAAGAAGUAUGAAGCGGAGAGGAAACCAGCAAAUAUUUCCAUGAUGGCGAUCCUUGAAAGCUUCCAGAAAGCUUACUCAGUUGAUUUCGGACCUUUUAAUAUACUUCGAGCUGCCGCCUUCCAUGGCGCAAACUAUAUACCACCGCUGAAAAGAAGUAUAAUUUCUUAUGCUUCCGGAGAGCAAAACUUCCCCGUCUUCUUGUAAUGUCGCUUCGGCCAAGUUAUUUGCUGGCUUCAACUGGCAGAUGAAAAUCUUGCUUGUUUGUUUUACUGAUACUGGCAUCAAAAUAAGUUUUACAUGAAGGUUUAAACACUAGCUUUUUGCUUUUUUUUUUUCUUUUGUUUCCCUUAAAUGGGGGAUUGUGUAUGAAACAUGAGUCAUGGCCUGUUAAAUUGUUGUGUGUUGAUCCUUCACUGAAACUGUGGCCGUUGUGUGUAAAUAGCACCAGAAGUUGUUUGCAUGAUGGAAAUUUUGAUGUAAUAAGUAGAUAGAGAAUGACUUUGAUGUUUGAUGAUAAAUUCAAAGCAUUCUGAAAAUAUUUGACCCAUAAUUAUGAACUUCACUAUGAUUUUUUUUAAUGGGGAUGAGGUAUGUUAAAAACGAUUUU